ACUGGUCACUGCUGGCUUUUUUUCACCUUCUCCAACUUGUACUUGGACAUUUGGACCUUGGACCUUUCCCCAGUCCAUCCAAGUUUCUUUUCUUCCAGCUUUCAACACCGAAGAUACUCUGUCGAAGCAUAAGCCUGGCGCCAUGCUGAGAAGCUCCCUCCGAUCUUCGAGCAGUCAGCUCCUCAGGGCUAGCUGCCGAACUUCAAAAUGCGCCGCCCAAGCUUCGAGAUGUUACUCUCUUAGCUCUACCCGCCGUCCCCUCGCCCUCGCCGCUCAAAAGCGACAUGCAUCUACUACUCCCUCGGCCCCGUCCCCUAACGACAACUUCCUUUCCGGUAAUACCGCGAAUUACAUCGACGAGAUGUAUCUACAAUGGAAGGAGGAUCCUGAGAGUGUCCAUGUAUCGUGGCAAGUCUACUUCAAAAAUAUGGAAAGUGGUGACAUGCCCAUCCAGCAAGCUUUCACUCCUCCCCCUACUCUUGUACCUAGUGCUACUGGAGGUGUUGGUCCGGCUGUGGGCAUGGGCGUUGGACAAGGCUCCGAUGUUACGAACCAUCUGAAAGUUCAACUAUUAGUUCGCGCAUACCAGGCUCGCGGCCACCACAAGGCUAAUAUCGACCCUCUUGGCAUCCGUAAUGAGGGUUUCACAAACGUUAGGCCCAAGGAAUUAGAACUCGACCACUACCAAUUUACCGAAAAAGAUCUCGACAAGGAGUUUACCCUUGGUCCUGGUAUUCUGCCACGUUUUAAACGAGAAGGUCGAGAGAAGAUGACGUUGCGCGAAAUUAUUGCUGCUUGUGAGAAGAUAUACUGUGGUUCCUACGGUGUCGAAUUCAUCCAUAUCCCUGACAGAGCCAAAUGUGACUGGCUUAGAGAACGUGUCGAAGUCCCUCAACCGUUUAAAUACUCGAUUGACGAGAAGCGCCGAAUCCUCGACCGUUUAAUUUGGAGCUCUAGUUUCGAAUCUUUCUUGGCUAUAAAAUAUCCCAACGAUAAGCGAUUUGGUCUUGAGGGUUGCGAGACACUCGUACCUGGAAUGAAAGCCCUCAUUGACCGAAGUGUUGACUAUGGUGUUAAGGACAUCGUCAUUGGAAUGCCUCACCGUGGUCGUCUUAAUGUACUCAGCAAUGUCGUCCGCAAGCCGAACGAGUCCAUCUUUAGUGAAUUCGCGGGUACGGCCGGUGCCGAAGACGAAGGAUCCGGUGACGUCAAAUACCAUUUGGGUAUGAACUUCGAGCGACCUACACCGUCCGGCAAACGUGUGCAGCUUUCUCUCGUAGCCAACCCCUCCCAUCUUGAGGCCGAAGACCCAGUUGUGCUAGGAAAGACCAGAGCUAUCCAGCACUAUAACAACGACGAGAAGACACACAGAACUGCUAUGAGUGUAUUGCUACACGGUGAUGCCGCUUUCGCCGCGCAGGGUAUCGUAUACGAAUGCCUCGGUUUCCACUCCCUCCCGGCUUUCUCGACUGGUGGAACGAUCCAUUUGGUUGUGAACAACCAGAUUGGUUUCACCACUGACCCUCGAUUCGCUCGUUCUACCGCAUACUGCACAGAUAUCGCCAAGGCCAUUGACGCGCCCGUGUUCCACGUCAACGCCGAUGACGUUGAAGCUGUUAACUUCGUCUGUCAACUAGCCGCGGAUUGGCGUGCUGAGUUCCAAUCAGAUGUUGUUAUUGAUCUCAUCUGCUACCGCAAGCACGGCCACAACGAGACCGACCAGCCUUCCUUCACCCAACCCUUGAUGUACAAGCGCAUCAGUGCGAAGGACCCCCAGAUUGACAUCUAUGUUGAGAAGCUACUCGAGGAUGGUACUUUCACUAAGGAAGAUGUUGAGGAACACAAACAAUGGGUCUGGGGUAUGUUGGAAGAAAGCUUCGCUAAGUCCAAAGACUACCAGCCGACGUCGAAAGAAUGGACUACAUCUGCCUGGAACGGAUUCAAAUCGCCCAAGGAAUUGGCGAGUGAGGUAUUACCGCAUAUGCCAACAAGCGUCGAUAAGCAUACCUUGGAACACAUUGGCGAGGUCAUCGGCUCCGCUCCCGAAGACUUCAGCGUCCAUCGCAACUUGAAGCGUAUUCUCCAGAACCGUACUAAGUCGGUUCUUGAGGGUAAGAACAUUGACUGGUCGACUGCUGAAGCUCUCGCAUUCGGUUCCCUUGUCAGUGAAGGUCACCAUGUUCGUGUAUCCGGUCAAGAUGUGGAGAGAGGUACUUUCUCUCAGCGACAUGCUGUCUUCCACGACCAAGAAACCGAGAACACAUACACCCCCUUACAGAACAUUAGCAAGGACCAGGGCAAAUUCGUUAUCUCUAACUCGUCUUUGAGUGAGUAUGGUGCUCUAGGUUUUGAAUACGGAUAUUCACUGUCGUCUCCAAAUGCGUUAGUCAUGUGGGAGGCUCAGUUUGGUGACUUUGCCAACAACGCGCAGUGCAUUAUUGAUCAGUUCAUCGCCUCUGGUGAAGUCAAGUGGAUGCAGCGAAACGGAUUGGUUAUGUCUCUACCUCACGGUUAUGAUGGACAAGGUCCGGAACACUCUUCCGGUCGUAUGGAACGAUAUCUGCAACUCUGCAACGAAGACCCACGCGUCUUCCCAUCGAGAGAAAAGCUUGAUCGCCAGCACCAAGACUGCAACAUGCAGAUCGCAUACAUGACAACGCCUGCUAACUUAUUCCACGUCCUCCGCCGACAGAUGCACAGACAAUUCCGAAAGCCUUUGAUUAUCUUCUUCUCCAAGUCGUUAUUACGACACCCCUUGGCUCGCUCCAACAUUGAGGAGUUUACGGGACCUGAUGCUCACUUCAAGUGGAUCAUCCCUGAUCCCGAGCACGAAACCGGAGCCAUCAAGUCUCCGGAUGAAAUUGACCGUGUCAUUUUGUGCACUGGUCAGGUCUGGGCUACUCUCUCCAAGUACCGUGCCGACAACAAGAUCGACAACGUUGCUUUCACCCGAAUUGAGCAGUUGAACCCCUUCCCAUGGGAACAACUUAAGGAGAAUUUGGACAUGUACAAGAAUGCCAAGACCAUCGUUUGGGCUCAGGAGGAACCGCUUAAUGCUGGUGCAUGGAGCUUCACCCAACCACGUAUCGAAACUCUACUAAACCACACUGAAUACCACGACCGCAAACACGUUAUGUACGCGGGCCGAAACCCCUCGGCAUCUGUUGCGACUGGUUUGAAGGCUCCCCACAAGAAGGAAGAGGAAGACCUUCUGGAGAUGGCGUUCACCGUAACGCAAGACAAGUUGAAGGGCGAAUAAAGAACAAGCAUCAAGGAAAUUAAAAAAACGGCAAGGCAUUGAUAUGAGGAUGGGGCAAGCAUAGCUAUUUCCAUGCUUCUUGUAUUUUAUGUUAUGUAUAACGUGGCUUCGGUGGUCCACACAGCGAAGCCCGAUAGACGGGUUGGUUACUAAUGAUAUUUCCAAGUAUCGUAAUGAGCCUAUACUUUUAUGAUCAGUACGGGCAAUCUUUUCACUGUCUGUGCGGAGACUAUGCAGAAGCCAACAUAAACGUCGGGCCGCUCUUGAGUGGUAAGGUUAUCGCUUUACCGAACACCUUGCCAAGUAUAUCCGAUGGCUGGGGUAAUGAUAAGCACCUUGCUUUUGGCCCCCCGAUUUGCCAAUGAAUGAACA